AUGGACAUGGCAGGGAGACUCCAUCCGCCCCCUCCGUCCAUGAGGACCACGGCGCUGAUCCUGCUCCUCUGCCCAGGUUUUUUGGAGAUGUCCAGAAUCCUCUACUCGGAAGUAACGGUGCCAAGGAAGCUGGAGCCAAGGGAUGGGGCGCUUGCAAAGGAGGAGGUGUCGUAUUUAAUAACAGCGGAAGGAAACCACCAUAUCGUCCAUCUCGUGCAAGCAAAAAAUUUGAUAGCCAAGGAUCUCCCCGUUUUUACUUACAGUCAAGACGGAGACCUGAUAACUGAAUAUCCAUACAUCCAGGAGGACUGCUACUACGAGGGCAUCGUGGAAGGCUCCGCGGGGUCCCUCGUCUACCUCAGCACGUGCUUCGGCAUCAGCGGAGUCUUGCAAAUCGGAGAUUUGAUGUAUGAAAUCGAACCCAUUGAAAACUCCUCUACGUUUCAACACCUCAUUUAUCGGAAGGCCCCAGACAGCGACCCACCUCAUCUGUGCCAAGUGCCUGAGAACGAUGAAGAGGAACUGCUUGAAGAUGAAGACCUUUCAAAUGGGAGUCGUGUAAUCUAUUCCAUUGAAGAAGUUUCCAAUCUUCACGAGUUGCAGGUGUCCAUCAAAUAUUUGGAAUUAGCUCUCGUAACAAACAAAGAGCUGUUCAAAGUGAAUCACUACAAUGAGACCCUGAUGUUACAUCUCAUCCUUUCCAUAAACAACAUCCUGAACACGGUCUACCGCCCCAUGAAGCUGCACAUCGUCAUCAGCGCCGUGGAGAUGUGGAACGACAUGGACCACACGACCAUCACCCCGGACCUGGCCCAGACGCUGCAGUUUUUUUCCAUGUGGUGCCAGAGGGACGCCGUAGGUCGCAUUAACUAUGACCAUAUCGAGCUGCUUGUUGGUCAGUACUACAAGGAACUAGGAUUUGCCUGGAAAGGGACCAUAUGUCAGAUGAACUCCAUGGGUGUUGUCUCGUUCCCUGGACGAGACACCGUCAGCAACGUGAUCACCCUCGCUCACGAGAUGGGCCACAGUUUGGGUUUCAGCCACGACGACAGCAAAGUAUUUCAGGACAGAGGCUGCAACUGCAACUGCACUCGGCAAGGAUGCAUCAUGCGGACGUCUCCGGGAUCCUGCUUUGCAUUCAGUAACUGCACUAUGGGAGAAUAUUAUGAUCAAGUAGUAACCAAAAAUCGACCGUGUCUUCUCAACAUACCAUCCUUGAAACCGUUUCUUUCUGAUCACUGUGGCAAUGGUGUCUUGGAAAAAGAGGAAGAAUGUGACUGUGGCAGGGAUGAGACGUGUCUCCAAGAAGGUUGCUGCCUCCCCUCCACCUGCCUGCUGGCGCACGGGGCUGCUUGCUAUAGAGGAGACUGUUGUCACAAGUGCCAGUUCCAGACAGCAGGAAGGUUAUGUAGAGACACCAGGAACGCCUGUGACCUGCCCGAGUACUGUAACGGGAGCUCUGCCUCCUGCCCCGCAGACGUGUUCAAGCAAGACGGGACCCCCUGCGGUGACAACGACCGCUGCUACGAGGGGGACUGCCGCAACCACGAGGCGCAGUGCAAGGCUUUGUUUGGCAAAGCUGCCCGACGUGCCCCGCUGAGCUGCUUCAGGGAAGUGAACGUCCGAGGUGACCGAUGUGGCAACUGUGGCUGGAACGGGACGUAUUACACUAAAUGUCUAGAAGAGAACAUCCUGUGUGGAAGAGUGCAGUGUGUCAACAUCAAGAAGAUACCGGUGAGGAAGGACGGCGACACCGUGGUGCAGACUACCGUGAACAACAACUUGUGUUGGGGCCUGGAAUUUCAUCAGGCUCCAGACACAUAUGAUGAAGGAUCAGUGAAAGACGGCACAUCGUGUGGUAGAAACAAGAUAUGCUUGAACAGGACAUGUGUCAGCACAUUGUAUCUCAACUAUGACUGUACAGAUAAAAAAUGCAGUGGCAGAGGGGUGUGCAACAAUAAGAGGAAUUGCCACUGUGAUUUUGGGUGGGCGCCUCCAGACUGCAAACUGGAAGGAUUUGGAGGCAGUGUCGACAGUGGGCCACCUCCUUCCCUUCUCCAUGAGUCAAGCAGAGAUGGAGGAAAGUCCUUUUGA